AGAGCCGCAGCUUUUUUUUUUGCCAAGAUAUUAGUACAAUUCAAUGCAAUCAAAAUGAAGGUCUUGCUUUGGCUUGAUUGCAAUUACAUGAGUCUGGAUGAUAUAUAAAUGUUUGUCUGAUGUUCAUACAAGGGAAGAGCGGAAACACGGAACCGGUUCAUUUUGCAAAACUCAAUUCUCUCACCAGGGUUCUAUCUUCGUUCUUUUCUUCUACCUCUUCUUGAACCAGAAACAACGCUACAUAUCCGUUCUCUUCGACCUCUUCCUCUUAGUUCUCUUUGCUUGUUGUGCUAUCUUCGUCUUCUUCAUUCUCUGUAACUCAGAUUUAUUCACUAAUGCAGAACUUGCAAUUGCUAUAAACCUCUACUUAGCUCUACUCUUCAGCAUACCUUUUGCUGAAGUCGUAAGACAGGGAGAAUAUGUGCCGGAGCCGGAGAUCCUUUUUAAGGAUACUAUGGCAUCCAGCCAUGGUAAAUGGGCAUGGUCUAUAGACCUAGAAAUAAGGACUGAAGCAACUGGUGAAGAUUAUGGUGAGCAUGUUGAGGAGUUAGUAGGGCAAGGUGAAGAGGUAUCAAGUUCUUCUAUUCAAAAGCCAAAAAGUAAAAAGGGUUGAAAUUGAUAACAAGAAAGGAGGUGCUGGUUCUCAAAUGUGUGAUCAAUUUGAUUGUAUAGUUUAAAGUUUAAAUAGUGAAAAUACUUUUAAUAGUGAUAAAGCUGUUAAUGUUUCUACAAUUCUUUAUUGUUUGGAGAUGUUUAAACAAUUGCCAGGGUUGGAGUAUGAAAUUGAUACCCACCUUUUUAAUA